CUUUCCCCGUACAAUUUCCCCCACGUCGACCAUGUCAGUCACGUGCAACCGGGUAACCCCUCUAUGCCGAACGAAUCAGAGCCCGAUAAUUUGCUUACAGUAAGACUGUACGGAAUUCGUGAUACAGUAAAAAAAUACAAGUACUUAUAUGCGCCUAUAUUUGUCCAAGUAACCUCAUUGCCAUUUCUGGAGUAACUCACCCACCAUGUUAUCCGUCAGAUCCUCUAUUUUGAAGGCUUCCAAGAGAGGUUUUACGCAAGUCCGUGCCUUUUCCUCCACAACCGUCAGCAGAGCCGAUGUAACUGUCACCGUUGACGGUGUCAAGGUGGAUAUCGAAGCCGGUUCUUCCAUCAUUCAGGCCUGUGACAAGGCCGGUGUCACCGUUCCGAGAUACUGCUACCACGAAAAGUUAGCCGUUGCCGGUAACUGCCGUAUGUGUCUUGUUGAGGUUGAGAGAGUGCCAAAGUUGGCUGCCUCUUGUGCCAUGCCGGUUCAAAACGGGAUGGUGGUGCACACCAACUCCGAGAAAGUCAAGCACGCCAGAGAGAGUGUUACCGAAAUGUUGUUGGAGAACCAUCCCCUCGACUGUCCGAUCUGUGACCAGGGUGGUGAGUGUGACUUACAGGAGCAGACCUUGAGAUACGGUAGCGACCGUGGUAGAUUUAAGGAGUUAGAGGGUAAGAGAGCGGUUGAGAACAAGGCCAUUGGUCCAUUGGUCAAGACCUCUAUGAACAGAUGUAUCCAUUGCACCAGAUGUGUCAGAUUCAUGAAUGAUGUCGCUGGUGCGCCGGAGUUUGGUACCUCGGGCCGUGGUAACGACAUGCAAAUCGGUACCUACAUUGAGAGAAAUUUGAACUCCGAGUUGUCCGGUAACAUAAUUGACUUGUGUCCUGUCGGUGCAUUAACCUCUAAGCCAUACGCCUUUAAGGCCAGACCUUGGGAGUUGAAGAGAACCGAGACUAUUGAUGUCUUGGAUGCCCUUGGCUCCAACAUUAGAAUCGACACCAGAGGGAUCGAAGUCAUGAGAGCCUUGCCAAGAUUAAACGACGAGAUUAACGAGGAAUGGUUAUCUGACAAGUCUAGAUUCGCCGUUGAUGGGUUGAAGCAGCAGAGAUUAACCACCCCAAUGAUCAGAAACGGUGACAAGUUCGAGGUCGCCACCUGGGAUCAAGCCUUGUCCACCAUUGCGUCUGCCUACAACAAGAUUAAGCCACAGGGCAACGAAAUCAAGGCUAUUGCCGGUGCCUUGACUGACGUUGAGUCCAUGGUUGUUUUAAAGGACUUGGUCAACAAAUUGGGCUCCGAAAACGUCACCACCGACGUCGCCAACGGUGAAGCUGUCCACGGGAUGGAUGUCAGAGCAAACUACAUCUUCAACUCCUCCAUCGAGGGGAUUGAGGACGCGGACGCCAUCUUGUUGGUAGGUACCAAUCCAAGACAUGAAGCCGCCUUGUUGAAUGCCAGAAUUAGAAAGGUCUGGUUGAGAUCCAACUUGGAAGUUGCCCACAUCGGUCAGAAAUUCGACUCCACCUUCGAGCUCGAGCAUCUAGGCCAGGAUGUCAACGCGUUGGAGAAGGCCCUUGCCGGCAACUUCGGCAAGAAGUUGGCACAGGCCAAGAAGCCGUUGAUAAUUUUGGGUUCCGCCGUCAGAGAGUCUGAAGACGCCUCCUCCAUCUACCAAGUGGUCUCCAAGUAUGCCUCGGCCAAUGCCAACUUCCUCACCGAGGAAUGGAAUGGGUUGAACUUGUUGCACCGCGAAGCCGCCAGAACUGGUGCUUUAGAUGUUGGUUUCGCCACCAUCUCCAAGGAGGUGGCCGAAACCAAGCCAAAGUUCGUCUACUUGCUCGGUGCCGACGAGAUCAAGAACCAGGAUGUUCCAAAAGACGCCUUUGUGGUCUAUCAGGGUCACCACGGUGACUUGGGUGCCUCUUUCGCCGAUGUUAUCUUGCCGGGCUCCGCUUAUACCGAAAAGAGUGCCACUUACGUGAACACCGAAGGGAGAACCCAGGUCACCAGAGCCGCCACCAAUGCCCCAGGUGUCGCUAGAGAGGAUUGGAAGAUCAUCAGAGCCUUGUCCGAGUACAUGAACGCCAAGUUGCCAUACGAAGACUUGUACGAGGUCAGAGAGAGAUUGGCCGAGAUUGCCCCACAUUUGUCCAGACAUGAGGUCAUCGAAACGGUGUCUCAGGACGUUGCCAAGUUGGGUUUGGCCCAGUUGUCUGCCAACUCCGGUGCCAAGGUUGGUGUUCCAUUGAAGAGUCCAAUUGAGAACUACUACUUCACCGACGUCAUCUCUAGAGCUUCCCCAACCAUGGCCAAGUGUAUCUCCACUUUCGGCGUCAAGAACGACAAGGUCUUUGCCGAGCUCACCGACGACGCUGCCUUGCACGCUGGUCUUGACUAAUCUCCCACGCCCUUUCCCUCCACUUCAUGAACAACACUCACCCUGGUGCGAGUGCGAUGUUGUUUCGUCCAUCACAUAUAUCAUUUGUACCUCUUUUUUUAUCCCCUUAAUUAUUUAUUUACCUCUAUUUAUUGUUUUCAGGCAUUUUUUCUUCUUCAACAUGACUUUCAUGUUCAAAUACACGUUACAUCAAAGAGAAAACGUAAAGACUUCAAGUAGCAUCGCCCUAGAAUGCGCCAAAGCCAAUCCAGGAAGAGCUCGUCAUAGCAGAAACAAUUAUCAA